ACAAGAUAUUUCCGACAGAUGUUGCCGAAUCACAUUUGUCAAUGAGAGGGGACGCGACAACAUUGUUUCCGCCAAACUGAACUUUGUGAAUCAAGUUAAUAAUAACAUCUCUCCAUAGUUUUUCGUGUAGAAGAAGGGAAUAAGAAUGUCUUUGAAUAAGCCCAAAUCCGAAUUAACACCAGACGAAUUAGCACGCCAAGAGGAGGAAGAGUUCAAUACUGGCCCACUGUCUGUCCUAACUCAAUCUGUGAAAAAUAACACACAAGUUCUCAUCAAUUGCCGCAACAAUAAGAAAUUAUUAGGUCGUGUAAAAGCCUUUGAUCGUCAUUGCAACAUGGUUCUUGAAAGCGUUAAAGAAAUGUGGACUGAAAUUCCACGAACAGGAAAAGGGAAGAAGAAGGUCAAACCCGUUAACAAAGAUCGAUUCAUUUCGAAGAUGUUUUUGAGAGGCGAUUCUGUCAUUUUGGUCCUGCGUAAUCCACUCGCAUCAUCCGCUAAAUAAUUGAUAAUAAUCAAUCUCUAAUACAGAAAUAAAAACAAAACUAAAUAAACAUAAAGUUAAUGAAACGAA